AUGAUAUCUGACGUAGAUCUUAGCGACGGCAGUCGAGCGGACGUGUCUGUGAAGGCGCCUAAAUUCGGUUUCAAAUUCGGGAAGAAAGCAAAGACACCUGGAGUGUCUGGCGAGGCGAGUUUGCCGGGCGUAGAGAUAAGCGGUCCAAAGUUGCACGCUCCCGAUGUGAAUUUGGGCGUAGAUGUUGGCGGUGUUGGUGAUGUCGGAGCUGACGUGAAAUUGCCGAAAGCGGACGUGUCUGUGAAGGCGCCUAAAUUCGGUUUCAAAUUCGGGAAGAAAGCGAAGGGACCGAAAGUGGAAGGACCCAGUUUGGGAGUUUCUGCCACAGGGACUGGUGAUGCUGAUUUGGGUGUGAGUGUGAAAGGCGAAGCGCCUCGUGGUGGGUUGAAACUGAAAUUGCCCAAAUUAAAAUGGCCCAAAGGUAGCCUUAAGUUGGGUGGAGACGCGGACGUCUCGGGUAAGGUGAAAGUGCCCGAUGCUAGUGUGAGUGUGUCCGGUCCGGAAAUCGGCGGCGGAGUAGAGUUACCACAAGUUCCAGGCGCGGAUGCUAGCUUGUCAUUGCCCGGAUUGGAUGCGGGCGGUUCCGUUGGUGUGAGGCCAGAUUUGGGUGGUGAUGUCUCUUUGACGGGCGGAGUUGACUUGCCUAGCGCGGAUGUCUCAGUGCCUUCGAAGAAGUUCCACUUCGGUUUUGGUGGAAAGGCAAAGGGCGAUAAGAAAUUGAAAAAGCCCAAGGUUUCUGGAAAGGCUGAUCUCGGGUUAGAUGUUGGGGCGGACUUGCAUGCUCCGGAUGUUGAUUUGCAUGCUGGUGGUGAAGCGAAGGGUCAUGGCUUCAAAUUCGGAUGGUCUCCGAAAAUCAGCUUGCCGAAAGUGAAACUUGGCCAUGGCGAUUUGUCGGCCGAUGCCGAUUUGCAAUUGCCCAAGGCGUCUGUGGACGUGUCUGGCCCAUCGAUCAAGCUUCCAUCAGUCAGUGCGGAUGUUGAUGUUCCACGUGUUGAUGUCCAAAUUCCGGGUGUGUCGACUGGCGGUGAUUUGGGUGGUACGAUAGACCUCGGUGCAGCUAUUCCCUCGGUCAGUGUUGGAGGGGAUGUGAAAGUUCCUGAUCUUUCUGUUUCCGGUGAGAUGCCUUCUGUUGCAAUUGGGGGUGAUAUGGGUCUAUCAGGGACACCAGGUUCAGUGGGUGUUGAUUUGAGCAUGCCGCAGUUGGACGUAGACGCCAGUUUGCCUAGUGUAGAGAUAAGCGGUCCAAAGUUGCACGCUCCCGAUGUGAAUUUGGGCGUAGAUGUUGGCGGUGUUGGUGAUGUCGGAGCUGACGUGAAAUUGCCGAAAGUGGACGUGUCUUUGAAAGGGCCGGAAUUCGGAGUGGAAUUGCCUAAGGUAGACAUCGAUGCCAACUUGCCUGGUGUAGAGAUAAGCGGUCCAAAGUUGCACGCUCCCGAUGUGAAUUUGGGCGUAGAUGUUGGCGGUGUUGGUGAUGUCGGAGCUGACGUGAAAUUGCCGAAAGCGGACGUGUCUAUGAAAGCACCGAUUUUUGGUUUCCAAUUGGGCACGAUGGGGAAACCUUCGGAUGUUUUGCCGGCUUCCUCGCUUGGUUUGCCCUUUGAUCCUUCCGUCCCUCAUGGUUCUGUUAUUUUUUCUUUCGGUGGUGAGGUUUCUAAUGCGGUUCCUUGUGAUGAGAUUGAGUCAACUGGAUUACUCGGUUCUCCUGAAUGUUCUGCCGUUCAUGCGCCUUUUGCGAGCCUUCGUCGUCACAAAUCUCCAAAGCGUAAUGCGGACACCGAUGUGGAUAGUGGAAUCGGAGUUGCCGAAACUGCUGGGACCACUCGAACAGUCUCGACUGAAAAUUUGGGUAGUCCAAUUGACGGCGAAUUCCCCGCUGAUUCACAACCGUCAGAGGUCUCUCCGAAAGGUCGUUUUACCGGUCGUUCAACCCUACCCCGAUGGUUCAGACCUGCAAAGAGCAAGACUAGCAGACCCCGGGCCAAAGCGGCGGUUGUCGGUGAAGUCGAAAGUCCCCAAUUUUCUCCCCUCGAUGAAGACAAAAAUUUUUAUUCGACCUCUCAGGACAUAAUAUUGGCAUCAAAAAAGAAAAAAGAUCAUGAAAAAAGAAAUAAAAGAUCCUCGCCUGAAGCUCCUGACAAAAGUGAGAAAAAUAGAAAAUCGCGAAAGACAAAACAGACAUUUGGAAAGAAGAAAAAACCGAAAUCUAAACAUUUUGACGCUUCUCCACAAGCUUCAGCUGACGGCUCUGUAGAUGGAAAGCCAAUUCCUCGAGUUCCCUCUGCAAAAUCAAAAGAUCUCCUAAGUCGAAAGACGUGGCAUGGCGUCGAUGAUGCCGCAUCUAAGUCCGAGGAACCCUCAGAACCUCCAACAUUACCCCCGACUCCAUCUGGUAUACAUAUUCAACCAGUUUUGUAUGACAAUCUUGGGGCUGUUGAUCUUAGGCGCAGAGGAACAUCUGACUCAGCCAAGCGUCGCCCUUGGAGUACACUUGAGCUUCCUCCACCCGGUUGUGUUUUUGUGAACGAUGAUUACCUGUUUCCCGAUGCUUUAACCCCGACAAAGAUCCCAAGCUUUCGAGGAAGCAAGGAUGUGGUGUAUAAUGUUCCUUAUAUGGAUGAUAAGGCGCUACCCCCGGAGGAACCAGACUGGCCAAUUGGAGAAUCCCGAAGGACUCUUCUAUCUCAGCUUUCCCAGAAAAGCGACAGUAUUAUUCGAAUUGCAGCCGAGGAGGAAAGCAGUAUUAUAUCACUCGACGAUGCCCAUGGCCGAUCACAUGAAGGGAAGGGCAAAUCCAAACGACUACUUGGCUCCUCCAAGAAGGAGUCAAAGAGACGGACCAAAGAAAAGGAUCUCGAGCAAAAACAAAAAAAGGAAUCAAAGUCAAAACGUCCCCGUUCGAAAAGUUCCGGUCGAUUCUCUGCUCUAUUCAGCAAAACGCCACGUCACACUGAAUCCUGA